UGGGUCAGCUGACCACUGUGUGGCUGGUGACGUGGAGCUGAGCAUGUAACCAGUAAGAAGCUGCUCAGGAUUCAUCAUGCUAACAGGAGAUCCCAAUGAUGAAGACGUGUCUCUGUUUGAUGCUGAGGAGGAUGCAGGGAAAAAGUCAAAGUCGAAUAUUAAACAUCCGGUGGCUUCGUUCUUCCACCUCUUCUUCAGAGUCAGUGCCGUCUUCGUGUACCUGCUCUGUGGAUUCUACAGUAGAAGUUUCAUCGCCUGCAUGGUCACCAUAAUCCUGCUGCUGUCAUGCGACUUCUGGACGGUGAAGAACAUCACGGGGAGGCUGAUGGUCGGUCUGCGCUGGUGGAAUCAGGUGGACGACGACGGACGGAGCCACUGGGUGUUUGAGUCGAAGGGUUCUGGGAAGCCGCAGGCGUCAAAUUCAGAGGCACGGAUCUUCUGGAUCGGCCUCAUCGUCUGUCCGGUCCUCUGGGUCGUCUUCGUCUUCAGCACCCUGCUGUCCUUCAACAUUAAAUGGCUGCCGGUGGUGAUCAUGGGUUUGGUGCUACAAGGAGCGAAUCUCUAUGGAUACGUCAAAUGCAAAGUGGGAGGAAAAACCAACCUGAAGAACAUGGCCACCAAUUACUUCGGCCGACAGUUUCUCAAACAGGCUCUGUCCAAAGAAGAGGAAUCGUAGAGAAUCUCUGCGAUCUGAACUCGUCUGCAUUAUUCUCAAUGCUAUAAAAUAUCUGUUCUUUUAGCAAGGGGAGAAAACCUUUUUUCCAACAUGAACUGAACGUUACAGUUUUUGAUUUUCCUUUUUAAGUUAAGUGUGACUCAGUAGAAGUUUUUCACUCGCAGGUCGGACAUCUGGUGGAAGUUUGUAAUAAACUAAAGUCCAGCAAUGAAUGGAAAACGGUGGAAGUUGAACUAGUUUGUGUUGUUUUUCCCUCAGAUAUCCUGUUUAGUUUGUGUUUGCAUUGCUCAAAAUAACUUUAUAGAAUUAAAAGAAGUGUUUCUGGGAGGGAUUAUCAGUAUGUUGGUUUGUUUAAAAAAAACAUGUAAAGUAUUCCAGGAGGCUGUAAAUAUGUAAGUAAAGAAACUCGUGGAAGUUCAUCUUUUUGUGCAAAUACAUUUCUAACAAUUUUA